AUGCAGAAUGUCUUGAACCGACUCGCUCUCAGGCGGGCCCUCGGGCCACAUUGGCACCACAAUGUACGCCGCGAAACGCUCCCCGGCCCGUAUUUUCCGAGCGAUUUUCAACGCGAUCUCGACCGGGAUCAAGUUCCCACACCCACAAUUCUUGUUCCGUUCCCACAUGUGGCAUCCCCCGACGAAAUACUGGUUCUCGACGUACACGAACCUCUCGGCUCUCCUUAUGGCCUCCACGUACGCCUCGUGUAUGCUUCUCUCGACCGGAAAUCGAGCAUCGACAAUCGAGGCGCGGUCGAUCGACCGGAAAACUUGCACGUUCCAAUUCCUCCUCUGCUCGCCCAACGACGGGUCGCACUGCCUCGUCCACCUCUGCUCGAAAUUCGAAAGCACGUCCCACGCGGCACGGCCCGUCACGCGCGCGUGCGUGUCAUGCCAAGGCUCGCGCGGUCCACCCUUGUCGAGGCUCGCACCUUUGAGGCUCGUCUGGUAGAAGUCGAAGUAGUGGGACUCGUCGUCGUUCAGCGUUCGGAAGAGGGAGUGAUCUGUCGUGUCGUAACGCCCGUCACCGCCGACGAAGCUCACGAUCUCGCGGGCCCGCGAGUCGGUUGUGAUGGUCUUUUGGUGGUGGGUGAAGGCCGUGGGGAACUUGUCGUGGUAGCGAUGUCUCGUCGUCCCAUAAGAGGAUUCUCACGGCCACGCCUUCUUCGGCUUUACGCUUGA